AUGAGAUCACUCAUUCAGCCAUCGUUUGCCACAGAAAAGCAUCGAUUGAUUGACGGCUCGGAUGUCAGUCUCAAUGACAUCAAAGUGGACACCACUUGUGUGGACGCAACUGACGAGCGAAGGCGUGAGUUCGAGGCAUCACAACAAGUCUUAAAGGAAUUAAGAGUUCGUUACGAACCCGAAGAAGUGAUACAUUGGAUGUCAUUCCUCUACAGUUGCGAACCGUUAACGUUCAUCAGAUGCGGUCAUUAUAUGUCCGCAUCAAUAGGUAUGGCUGUAUAUCUUCAGCACCGGUCUCUCAGACACAGCUGUCAGCCCAACAGUGCCCUCAUUUACAGCGGCAGAGGACAAUCGUUACAAUUGCGGGCAAUGAGACCGAUCGCCGCCACCGAAGACAUUACCAUAAGUCGUGUACUCUUUUUAGAGAGUGACCGCACUUACAGAGAGAAUGUACUCAAACAGUGGUCUAUAGUGUGUGAGUGCGACAAAUGUGUCCACCAUUUGGACCGACGGGUCGAUUACGAGAUCUUCGAAAGCGGUCAUCUCUUUCCCGUCCGUGUCUUCACAUUCGGCCAACAAUUUAUGGAUCAUUUGCGGAAAUUAUUGGCCGAUUUGGAUGUGAUAUUCGGUGACUUCCAUCCAAUUAAGACAAAGUAUUUGAAUCUAAUUGUGCUAAAUGUACACAAUUGUCCGCAAUUACCCGAAUCGAUGCUCAAUGAAUUGACGGCCAAUUUAAUGAAAGCCAUUAAUAUCACGUGUCCGGCCGACGGCCCGGUUAGGGCUCGUUUCAGUCAAACCUUUCAUGUCUUGCAAUUGUCGGCAAAUGUUAAGCAUCAGUCCAUAAACUGUGAGACACUUUACGGACAACUCUUUCAUACCAUAAGUCCAUCGCUUCCAACACAAGACUUUGUCUCACAAUUGGAUCCAAUCAUCACAUCUGUGGUAAAAAUGCCGACAAAACUGUCGAAACCGUUAUCACCGGGAGAUGUGAUAACCGAAGACAUACCACUCAUUCAUAUCUUAUACAAUAAAUCCAAAGACAAAUAUUGCGACAAUUGUUUCAAACAAUCGGAUCAAUUGAAGAGAUGCGCGAAAUGUCUUCACAUGUAUUACUGCAGUAAAGAGUGUCAGAAGAAUGACUGGAAGUAUCACAAGAAUGAGUGUCCACUCCUUCGACACGAAAUACCAGAACUGCUUCUCUCUAAUGAUUGGCUCAGACUUUGGUUCCGAUUCUACCUUUCGGUCAAAAAGAUCCCAACGUUUGCCACAGAAAAGCAUCGAUUGAUUGACGGCUCGGAAGUCAGUCUCAGAGACAUCAAAGUGGAUGACAUUCACUUCGAGGCCAUUAACGGCCGAAGACAUAAGGCAUUGCACAAAGUGUUGGUCGAAUUGGGUGUCCGUCACAAACCCGAAGAAGUGAUACAUUGGGUGUCAUUCCUCGACAGUUGCAAUCCAUUGAUUCCGAUGGGAUCCUUCACAGAAGUUGAACUAAGUCUUGAGCCAAUAGGUAUUGGACUAUACCUUCAGAACCGGUUCAUUAGACACAGCUGUCAACCCAAUAGUGCUCUCAUUCAUAACUUCACAGAUUAUAAACAUCUCUCGAUGCAAUUGCGGGCAAUGAGACCGAUAGCCGCCGGCGAAGAGAUCACUAUUAGUCACGUCCCGCUGCACAUAAACCGUACGGACAGACUAUAUGAGCUCAAAAGGUGGUCAAUGGUAUGCGAGUGCGAUAAAUGUGUCCACCAUUCGGAUCGUGACGUCGAUUAUCAACGCCUCGAAACCGGUCCCCUCUUUCCCAUUCAUGUGUUUACAUUUGGCGCACAAUUUAACGAUUACUUGUGGAAACUAUUGGCCGAUUUGGACAUUGUUUUCGGUGACUUUUUCCCACUAAAGACAAUAGUACACAAUUGUCCGCAAUUAACCAAAUGUGUGUUCAAUGAAUUGAUCGCCAAAUUAGUGAAAGCUAUUGACAUCACAUGUCUGGCCGACGGCCCGCUUAUGGCUUCUUUCAUGCAAACCUUUCAUAUCUUGCAAUUGUCGGCAAAUGUUAGGCAAAUGCCACCAAAACUGUCGAAACCGUUAUCACCGGGAGAUGUGAUAACCGAAGACAUACCACUCAUUCAUGUAUUGGCGGUUGAAUUCAAAGACUUUUAUUGCGAUAAUUGUCUUAAAAAAUCGGAUCAAUUGAAGAACUGCUCGAAAUGUCUUCGCUUUCAUUAUUGCUGUAUUGAGUGUCAGAAGAAUGACUGGAAGUAUCACAAGAAUGAGUGUCCACUCUAUCAGAAGAAGUGGUCAACACUUGAAGCGGCAAAUAUGAGGACCAGAUUUAUGCUCCGACUCUACCUUUCGGUGCAAAACAUCCCAACGUUUGCCACAGAAAAGCACCGAUUGAUUGACGGAUCGGAUGUCAGUCUCAAUGAUCUCAAAGACAACGCCAUUGAUUCCAAUGGAGAGAAGUCUGUAUUGAAAUACACCGCCAAAGUCUUCAACAAAUGUGGUAUUAAAUACGGACGCGAAGAACUGGAAGAAUGGUUCGCUUUGAUGAGUGGCCGCUGGUAUGACAUCCAAUGCGGUCGACCCGGUUAUGUGGAGACUGUGGCCACCGGUAUAUACCUCCAGACCUCAACAUUGAAACACAGCUGUCGUCCCAACAGUUGCUUUAUUUCCAGAUUCAAUGGACAUGUGAUUGAGUUGCGGGCCAUGAGAUCGAUAGCUCCGGGAGAGGACAUUACCAUCAGUUUUGUGGAUUUGCUUCAAAACAAAGCGGACAGACAGGAGGUGUUGAAAAGUAUGUCCAUAGACUGCGAGUGCGAGAAAUGUGUGGCCAAUACGGACGGACACAUAGAUUACCGACGCCUUCAGCCGGAGUACAUCCAGUCUAUGAAUUUCAACAAUGAGUACGGAAUCGCUUCUGCGGCCGAACUCGGAGCUAAGUUUCGGUCAAUUUUGGCCGAUUUGGAUGUGGUUUACGGCGAUUACCACCCCUUCAGGACACAUGCGCUGGUGAUCUACACCAGUGUUCUGAAGACCUGUCGAUCAGCGCCCGAUUCCCUACUCGAAGAGUUCCGGGAUAUGACCGCCAAAGCGUUGGAAGUGACCAAUUGUAAGGACACACAUGAAUCUAAUCAUGAAAUUAGCGAAAUGUCACCAAAACUGUCGAAACCGUUAUCACCGGGAGAUGUGAUAACCGAAGACUUGCCUAUCAUUCAUGUUUUGGCGGUUGAAUUCAAAGACUUGUAUUGCGAUAAUUGUCUUAAAAAAUCAGAUCAAUUGAAAAACUGCUCGAAAUGUCUUCGUUUUCAUUAUUGCUGUGAAGAGUGUCAGAAGAAUGACUGGAAGUAUCACAAGAAUGAGUGUCCACUCUAUCAGAAGAAGUGGUCAACACUGGAAGCGGCAAAUAUGAGGACCAGAUUUAUGCUCCGACUCUACCUUUCGGUGCAAAACAUCCCAACGUUUGCCACAGAAAAGCACCGAUUGUUUGACGGAUCGGAUGUCAGUCUCAAUGAUCUCAAAGACAAAGCCAUUGAUUUAAGUGGAGAUAAGUCUGUAUUGAAAUCUAUUUGCAAAGUCUUCAUGAAAUGUGGUAUUAAAUACGGACGCGAAGAACUGGAACAAUGGUUUGCUUUAAUGACUGGCCGCUGGUAUGACAUCAAAUGCGGACAACCCGGUGAUAUAGAUAUUGUGGCCACCGGUCUAUACCUCCAGACCUCAACUUUGAAACACAGCUGUCGUCCCAACAGUUGCUGUAUUUCCAGAUUCAAUGAAUUUAUUGAUAACCCGAUUACAGGACAUGUGAUUGAGUUGCGGGCCAUGAGAUCGAUAGCUCCGGGAGAAGAGAUUACCAUAAGUCGUGUGGAUUUGGUUCAAAAUAAAAGGCAAAGACAGAAAGCGUUGAAAUCUAUAUCCAUAGACUGCGAGUGCGAGAAAUGUGUGGCCAUUUCGGAUCGAAACGUGGAUUACCUGCGCCUACAGCCGGAGUAUAUUCAGCUCAUGCGUCGGGCGGGUUCGCAGUCCUCCUAUGAAAGAAUGUUUCGGACAGUUGUGGCCCAUUUGGAUGUGGUUUACGGCGAUUACCACCCGUUGAGAACACGGACGCUCCUAACGUGCUUCAAACAACUACAGGCCUGUCGAUCACCAGUGGAUCCCCUGUACCGCGAAGUGAUGCAAAUGACGUCCGACGCGUUGGCUGUGACCAGUUGUAAGGGCUGUCCAUUUCAGGACCAUUUCAUGCAAUGUAUUUUGCAGGGCAUGAGAAUUGUGUCGCCCAAAGACUACAACGAUUUGCAUGGAUUACCCAAUAGUAGUGAUGACAAUAGGGUUCAGUUACAGUGCGGAUGCUGUUAUCUCCAUAAACUGAGAGACACUUUACGGACAACUCUUUCAUACCAUAAGUCCAUCGCUUCCAACACAAGACAUUGUCACACAAUUGGAGUAAAUAAUACAAUCAGAGAAAUGUCACCAAAACUGUCGAAACCGUUAUCACCGGGAGAUGUGAUAACCGAAGACAUGCCUAUCAUUCAUGUAUUGGCGGUUGAAUUCAAAGACAAUUAUUGCGAUAAUUGUCUUAAAAAAUCAAAUCGAUUGAAAAACUGCUCGAAAUGUCUUCGCUUUCAUUAUUGCGAUAAAGAGUGUCAGAAGAAUGACUGGAAGUAUCACAAGAAUGAGUGUCCACUCUAUUGGAAGAAGUGGUCAACACUUGAAGCGGCAAAUAUGAGGACCAGAUUUCUGCUCCGACUCUACCUUUCGGUGCAAAACAUCCCAACGUUUGCCACAGAAAAGCACCGAUUGUUUGACGGAUCGGAAGUCAGUCUCAAAGAUAUCAAAGACAAAGCUAUUGAUUCCAAUGGAGAUAAGUCUGUAUUGAAAUCCAUUCGCAAAGUCUUCAUGAAGUGUGGUAUCAAAUGCGAAGUUCUGGAAGAAUGGUUGGCUUUAAUGAGUGGCCGCUGGUAUGACAUCCAAUGCGGACGACCCGGUUAUAUAGAGACUGUGGCCACCGGUCUAUACCUCCAAAUGUCAACUCUGAAACACAGCUGUCGGCCCAACAGUUGCUGUAUUUCACGAUUCAAUGGACAUACAGUAGAGUUGCGGGCCAUGAGAUCGAUAGCACCGGGAGAAGAGAUUACAAUAAGUCGUGUGGAUUUGUGUCUAAACAAAGCGGACAGACAGAGAGACUUGAAAAUGAUAUCCAUAGACUGCGAGUGCGAGAAAUGUAUGGACAAUACGGACGGACACAUAGAUUACCGCCGCCUUCAGCCGGAGUACAUCCAGUCUGUGAUUUUCAACGACGCGUACGGAACCGUUUCGGCGGUUAAACUUGACGCUAAUUUGCGGACAAUUUUGGCCGAUUUGGAUGUGGUUUUCGGCGAUUACUAUCCCUUCAGGACACAGGCCCUCAUCAUAUACUCCAAUGCUCUGAAGACCUGUCGAUCAGCGCCCGAUUCCCUACGCAAAGAGGUCCGGGAUAUGACCGAAAAAGCGUUGGAUGUGACCAAUGAAAUGUCACCAAAACUGUCGAAACCGUUAUCACCGGGAGAUGUGAUAACCGAAGACAUACCAAUCGUUCACUCAAUAGUCGAUGAUUUUAAAGACAAAUAUUGCGAUAAUUGUGUCCAACGAUCGGAUCAAUUGAAGAGAUGCUCGAAAUGUCUUCACAUGUAUUACUGCAGUAAAGAGUGUCAGAAGAAUGACUGGAAGUAUCACAAGAAUGAGUGUUCAGUCUAUCGGAAAAAGUGGUCAACACUUGAAAGCGUAAACAUGAGGAUCAGGUUUUGGCUCCGACUCUACCUUUCGGUGCAAAACAUCCCAACGUUUGCCACAAAAAAGUACCGUUUGUUUGACGGAUCGGAUGUCAGUCUCAAUGACAUCAAAGACAACGCCAUUGAUUCCAACGGUGAUAACGACGACAUCGAGUUGUUUGAAACCAUUUGCGAGUUAUUCACUGAAUUGGGUGUCGAUUACGUUUGCGAAGAACUGAUGCAAUGGUCGCCACUAAUGAAUAGUUAUAAUCUAUAUUACCUGCAAUGCGGUGCCGCCGGGUCUGUGGCCACAGUAGCCCUCUGUCUAAACCUCCAGACCUUAACACUGAGCCACAGCUGUCGGCCCAACAGUUGCUGUAUUUCGCGAUUCAAUGGACAUACGGUUGAGUUGCGGGCCAUGAGAUCGAUAGCUCCGGGAGAAGAGAUUACCGUAAGUCGUGUGGACUUGAAAAUGGAUCCCAAGGAGAAACAGUUGGCGCUGAAGAGUAUGUCCAUUGACUGCCAGUGCGUGAAAUGUGUGGACAAUACGGAUCGAGACGUGGAUUACCGGCGAUUACAGCCAGACGUGGAUAAGUCGGUGUUGAGUGGAUUCAAAUCCAGCGCUCAAUUGGAGACUUAUUUGCGGUCAUUGUUGAAGGACUUGGAUGUGGUUUACGGCGAUUAUCAUCCGUUGAAGACAAUGACUCUCAUUAAUUACACAUUGGUUUACAUCCAUUACCUGAUGAGCCGCCGAUCGGCACCCGAUUCACUGUUCAAAGAGAUCCGCGAUUUGACCGAAAAGGCGUUGAAAGUGACGAAUUGGAAGGACUGUCCCUUUAAGACACGAUUCUAUUAUAAUCUUAAUCUAUUCUGUAAGACAAACAGCAAUUUUAUAAUUCGGGAAAUGUCACCAAAACUGUCGAAACCGUUAUCACCGGGAGAUGUGAUCACCGAAGACACGCCUAUCGUUCACACUCUAGAAUUGAAAUCCAAAGGCAAAUAUUGCGAUAAUUGUAUCAAACGAUCGGAUCAACUGAAGAGUUGUCCGUUUUGUCUUUAUAUGUUUUAUUGCGGUAAAAAGUGUCUGAAUAAUGACUGGAAGUAUCACAAGUAUGAGUGUCCAGUCUAUCGCCCCAAUUGGCCAAUGAUUACAAAACCUGUGCUAAAAUCUGUGCGACUUUGGCUCCGAUUGUAUCUAUCGGUGCAAAACAUCCCAACGUUUGCCACAGAAAAGCACCGAUUGUUUGACGGAUCGGAAGUCAGUCUCAAUGACAUCAAAGACAAGACCACUAUUAAGGAUAAUGAAUACAAAUCAUUAUUUGAGACAAUUUGCGAUCUCUUGAAGGCAUUGGCUCUGCCUUACGAUCGCCAACACUUCCACCAAUGGUUCGCAUUUAUGAUGAAUAUCGGGUGGUAUGACAUCGUAUGCGGUGACGCCGAAGGUGUGUCCGCAGUGGCCACAGCUUUGUUUCCCGUAAUGUCAACACUGAGCCAUAGCUGCCAACCAAACAGCGCCUAUAUUUACAAAUAUGACGGACGUGUGAUUGAGUUGCGGGCCAUGAGAUCGAUAGCUCCGGGAGAGGAGAUUACCAUAUGCUUUGGUGACCCGCUUCUCAACCAAUCGGAAAGACGGGCUGAGCUUAAAAGUCAGGGCAUUGACUGCCAGUGCGUGAAAUGUGUGGACAAUACGGACCGAGACGUGGAUUACAAGCGAUUGAAGUCAUACGUGAAUACGUCGGUCAUCAGUGGACUCGUAGCCGACGGCCAAUUGGAGACUUAUUUGCGCUCAUUAUUGGCUGAUUUGGAUGUGGUUUACGGCGAUUACGAGCCGUACAAGACGUUUGCUCUCUAUUAUUGUUUCAACGAUUUAAGACAGCAUCUGGUGGACAGCCGGUCAGCACCGGAUCGGCUGUUCAAUGAGGUCCGCGAUAUGACCGCUAAGGCUUUGGAUGUGACCACUGGUGACGGCUCUCCCUUUAAGCGCCGUUUCUAUCAUCAGUCCAUCAAUUGUGAGACACUUUACGGACAACUCAUUCAUACCAUUAGUCCAUCGCUUUUAACACAAGACAUCACACAAUCGGAUCAAAUCACACAAUCAGUGAUGUCACCAAAACUGUCGAAACCUUUAUUACCCGGAGAUGUGAUCACUCAAGACAUGCCUAUCAUUCAUGUCAUACACAAUGAAAGCAAAUGGAAAUAUUGUGAUAAUUGUGUCCAACGAUCGGAUAGAUUCAGGAGAUGCCCGGACUGUCAGCACAUGUAUUAUUGCAAUAAAGAGUGUCAGAAGAAUGACUGGAAGUAUCACAAGAAUGAGUGUCCACUCUAUCGGAAUGAGUGGUCAACACUUGAGGCCGUGAGGAUCAGAUUCUGGCUCCGACUCUACCGGUUGUAC